AGUCAUCUCAAAGACAUUCCACAUCCAGAAGAGAUGACCGAAGACGAUGAGCUCUACUAUCUUUUCUCUAUCCACGAUGCUAAUCAUGAUGGAUACUUGGAUGGUAAUGAAUUACGGGAUGCAUUUACCGAUUAUGAUGAAGGAACGGGUAAGCCAUAUGUUUCGUUGGAAGAAGUUACAGAAAUGAUCGAUCAUGUGUUGUUAGAGGAUGACAUGAAUAACGAGUAG